AUGAAGAGCGUUGAUGUCAUCGGCCUGCGCGCCCUCUCCAACGAGCAAAAAGUCGCCAAUGCCCAGGGUCAAAUCCGCAAAAUGGACGAUCUUCUCGCCUCCGUCGAGAGCGACGUAUCUUCUCAAGCUCGAGAAAUCGAAUCAAUCCACAUGGAAACAAAUCACGUGGACCGUCAGAUGAAGCAUUUGACCCACAACAUGACCGUAGUCAGUCGAGAGAUGAAAAACACGGAGUCCGAGCUUGGUCAUUUGGCGACGGAUCUUCAUCAGGACACUGCAGAGCUUCAUAAUAAGGAUAUGCUCUUAGAUAUGAAGCUGACAAAUCUCGAACAGGUAAGCGACCAUUUUUCAGAAAAUUUAGAGGCGGUGGAAGACGAAGUCGUUCAAAAUCGAGCAGCGCUAGAAGUUGAGCUCUCCCACGCAGCUGAGGCGGCUCAGGAGGCAAAAUCAAAAGCGACAAAAUCAUCGACUGAGCUGCACCACUUUAUGAAUGUCCAAACACGAACUGGAAAAGGCAUGCAGGGUCGCAUUAAUCGGCAAAAUGAUCUUCUCGGAUUUUUGAUGAAUCAAGUGAAGAAACUGCAAAACAAGGUCAACUCGCAAGAGCGCAAAAUCAAACUUCUUGAGGGGAAGAAAAAGAAGCACUAA